GUGUUGUAAAACGACAAUAGAAUUGUUUACCUCUAGAAAAUUAACAGCUGUUGCAAGAUUUUUGACACAAAUUGUAGCGUUUAGUCCAAUUAUUUCUACGUAACAUUAUGAGAGAAUUUAUAAUUAAAUAUCAAUUGGUCGGUUAAUCCAUGCCGCCUAAAAUAAACAAAUGUUAAGGGCUAUCAAACCACCCUCGCCCCCGCGAACGCUCCUGUCACAGAAACGUCAAAACAGUCGCGAAUUAAAAGUGCAAGAAAAGUGAAAUGAGGCGUGCAGACGUUCGCCAAAGACAAUAAAAAAAAAAUAAAUACCAGGCAGCACACACAUAACACGCUUAUGAGGCUAAAAUUUAAGAUAUAACCAUGGGCGAUAAGGAGGAGCCCACCACACCCGCACCCUCGCCGACGGAGGAGGGUCUGGCCGACUUCGCUGCCGGCGUAGGAGCACCGAGCGGGGGCAACGGUGGUGGAAGCACCAGCGGCAGCGACAAUCCCACUCCCACCCACGUUAAGGUAGUGAUCAUUGGAGCCGGCAUGGCCGGAUUGUCAGCUGCCAAUCACCUGCUGCAGAACGGCUGCGAGGAUUUUCUCAUCUUGGAGGCGAGGGGUCGGAUAGGCGGCCGCAUCGUGUCCAUACCGCUCAGCAACAACCAAAAGAUUGAACUGGGAGCCAACUGGAUCCACGGAGUCCUUGGCAACCCCAUCUUUGAGCUGGCCGUGCAGCAUGGUCUAGUCAGCGUGGUCAACGUUCCCAAGCCGCACAAAGUGGUAGCCACCACAGAGGACGGGCAUCAGGUGCCGUUCAGCAUCUUGCAGGAAAUAUACGAGGCUUAUGUCUGUUUUUUGCGGCGCUGUGAUGAGUACUUCCUCUGCCAGUACAGUCCACCGCCGGAUAUACACAGUGUGGGGGAGCACAUAAACUACGAGAUCGAGAUCUACUUGAGCAGCGUUCAGGAUCCUAAGGAAAAGAGGCUGAAACAGUCGAUUUUCAACUGCCUGCUUAAGCGCGAGACCUGCAUCACCGGCUGCAACAAUAUGAACGAAGUAGAUCUUCUAGAGCUGGGUAGUUACACGGAGCUGCAGGGCGGUAACAUAGUGUUACCAUCCGGGUACAGCUCCAUCCUGCGACCCUUGGGUGCUCAGAUACCCAAGCAGUCCAUCCUGACCAAAUGUCCGGUGAAGAAGAUCCACUGGAAGCGGAAAAAGACUUUCACCGGACUGGAAACCGUCGACGAGAACUCAGAGGAUGAGAAUUCGGACGAUUCGGAGCGGACGGUGACAGAGGUGCCGACGGGCGGAGCAGGACUUCGUGAAGCCUCUGUGGAGUCAAACUCAAGCAGCAAUUGUGAUUAUGCCGCAGGCAAUGUGCGCGUGGAUUGCGAGGACGGUCGGGUGUUCCACGCGGAUCACGUGGUUUGCACGAUACCCCUAGGGGUGCUGAAGAAGUCGCAUCGCACGUUGUUUGAUCCGGUACUGCCGCAGUACAAGCAGGAGUCAGUCGAGAAUCUCAUGUUCGGCACCGUGGACAAGAUUUUCCUCGAGUACGAGCGACCCUUCCUUAGCGCUGACAUAUCCGAGAUAAUGCUCCUGUGGGACGACGACAAGCGGGACAUGAACAGCAGCGAAGAGGAGCUGGCCAGCGAAGAGUACCUCAGCAAGAACUGGUUCAAGAAGAUCUAUUCAUUUGCAAAGAUGACAGACACCCUGCUUCUGGGCUGGGUUUCAGGGCGAGAGGCAGAGUACAUGGAGACCCUUAGCCACGAGGCAGUGGCGGAAAAGUGCACUGAAAUUCUCAGAAACUUCCUGCAGGAUCCGUACGUUCCAAAGCCAAAACGGUGUGUGUGCACCAGUUGGAAGUCGCAGGACUUUACGGGCGGAGCAUACACGUCGAUUCCUGUGGGAGCCACUCAAGAGGACAUUGAGAACCUGGCCCAACCACUAUAUGCCACUCCCCAGGCCAUGAAGCCCGCCAUUGUGUUUGCCGGAGAGCAUACGCAUUCCAGCUUCUACUCCACCGUACACGGCGCCUACUUGAGCGGAAGAACAGCGGCGCAGCAUUUGCUGGCCAGCGAUGAGCCGGAUGAGAUCAUCAUGGAGUCGGACGGCAGCGAUCUGAGCGCGUGGAUACAGGGCAUCGCCUUGGACUGAGUCUAAGCCAACCACAACGAUCACACAUCGAUAUUGUAUUAUAAUUUAUUUCCGUUUCCUUGUACUCUCUCUUCGAACGCUUUUUAGCUAGUGAUAUUUCAUAUUUUCGAUUGUAAUUUAUUUUGCAUAGCUCGUUGAACGAAUUAACUCAUUUCUUUUGUAACAUCCCUUUUUGAGCAUUUGUGUUUUACUUUGUUGAUGCAAUUAUAAUUAUUAUUUGUAAUUUAUUUCCAACCCGUUUUGUACAUUUUUAUAAAUAAAUGCUACGAUAUAGCUGAGCUGAUCAAUGUGCUGCCAACUCUGACAUACUACUGUGCACUCGCAGCAGCUUUAAUUGGACGAAAUGUGUGCACAAACAUGAUGUUGUUUAGAACUAAUUAUAAUUACCGAUUAACAGACAUAAGUGAAUACAUAAAUAUUGCCUAUUUUUAUAAAUUCGUAUUCGUAGGAGAUGAUGCACUAAGUUGGACAUGUGUCGGAAUGAGCUAAAGUGCAAUAAGUGUACAUUUGAACCUAACUAUUGUUAACGUUGGCUAUUUUGCUAAAUAAUUUAUGCAUUAUUUCAAUAUUUAAGACGGGCAAAAUGGCAACAGUUGAUAUUGAUACAUAUAGGGACUUCAAACUUGUUUGUAUUGUAACGAAUAUAUCGACUUGUGCGCAUAAUAUUAAUAAAAGAACACGCUAAUUAUAAAUCAAUCUUUUUGUGACUCCUGUGGAAUCUAGUUACCUUUACAACCGACUUGACUAACAAUUCCUUUUGUCAAAUAUUCACUCCAAAAUUCUCUUUCAAAUUGUUUCCAAAUCGUAGGUAGAACUAGUUAGCUCUCAUUGAACUAAAUUUUUUGUGGCUUUUUGCAAUCAGCAUAGAUAGGGGGGAGGACAUUGUUAGUAUACUGGAAAAGUGGUCUAAUCAGAGAGUCGGAGCUCGGAGCUUUGCCUACCACCGACUCCAGAGAGCUUUCGAGAGAACUAUUCCACGAUUGAGCUCCUACAGCGUAAAAGGGACCGAAGCAGCGGCGGGAGUAACACUUUCGUUCCCACACGCCGGCUGCAGCGGUCCAUCAGUUCGAGUUUAGCUUCCAAGCAACCACGACCUCCCUUCUGUCGGUGUUCUGCAAACAUAGAGGUGUCAUCCUUUGGCUAACACACUACAAACCAAUCACUUUAUCUCAUCGGAAAUUAACAAAUUUUGUGAGGAAGAUGUCGUAUCACAAGCCCGAAGCCAAGACCGUCCAGGACCUGAAAGAUCUGGCCCAGAAGCUGCGCAUCCACUCCAUCACCUCCACCCAGGC